AUGGCACUGUCUCUCGAGGUAUUAGCCGCGGCGACGACGCCCGGCUGGCGUUCGCUACCCAAGAUCUUUGCCCUCGCCGUUUUCCUACUUCUCAUCCUCAUUGUUGUCUCGAAGCUUCGGAGAGACUUAUCUAGUCGGAACUUCAGGACCCAGCACGGAUGCAAACCAUGCCGCAAGUUCCCUCUGAGGGACCCCAUACUGGGGCUAGAUUUUAUUAUCACCAAUAUCCGGGCCUUUCGAAACCACCGCUUCCUCGAGCUCCUCUCGACCCGGUUUCGCGAGGCCGGGCCGACCUGGGAGGUCCGCGGCUUCCACCGCCGGUCCAUCUUCACGGCCGAUCCGGAGAACGUCAAGACCCUCCUCUCUCUACAAUUCAAGGACUUCACCCUCGGCGGCCGGCAGCGCAUAAUGGGCCCUCUUCUCGGUCAGGGCGUCUUCGCCAGCGACGGCGAGGAGUGGGCGCACUCCCGGGCGUUGCUCCGGCCCAACUUCGCGAGGGAGCAGGUCGCCGACCUGGGCCUCAUCGAGACCCACGUUGCCCGCCUGUUCCGCCUGCUUCCCGGGGACGGCGCCACCGUCGACCUGCAGCCGCUCUUCCACCGCUUUACCCUUGACUCCGCCACUGACUUCCUUUUCGGAAAACCAACCAGUACCCUUAUCGACGCAAGGGAGAAGGACCUUGAGUUCGCCAAGGCCUUGCGGUACUCACUCGACCACAUGGCGUUCCUCCUCAUUGCGGGCCCGCUGCGUCGGUUCUGGAAGGGCGACCCGGAGUUCCGCAAGGCGAACCAGAUCUGCCGCUCGUACGUUGACACCUUCGUGGACGAGGUGCUGGCGUACAAGAAGGCCGGGGCGCCGGUUGACACGGUGGUCGAGGAGGGCGGGAUCCGGCGGAACUCGUUCCUCAGGGACCUCGCCAGCGCGACGAACGACAAGGGGAAGAUCAGGGGUGAGCUGCUCAGCUUGCUGCUUGCCGGGAGGGAUACGACCGCCAGCCUGUUGAGCAGCUUGUUCUAUCACAUUUCGCGGAGGCCGGAUGUGUGGGCGAGGCUGAGCGAGGAAGUCGACGCAUUAGAGGGCCGGAGGCCGACGUACGCGGAACUGAGGAACCUGACCUAUGCGAACGCAAAAGUCGCCGUCCGUGACACGGUACUCCCUCGCGGCGGCGGCCCGGACGGAGAAUCACCAAUGUACAUCCCGCAAGGCCUCAAGGUCCUCUACUCCACAUACUCAAUGCACCGCCGCAUAGACAUAUGGGGCGCCGACGCCGACGAGUUCCGGCCUGAGCGGUGGGUUGGCGCGAGGCAUGCCUGGGAGUAUCUCCCCUUCAAUGGAGGACCUAGAGCCUGUCUAGGCCAGCAAUACGCCAUCACGGAGACGCUCUACAUUAUCACACGAUUCGUGCAGGAGUUUCGGAGUAUCGAGGCGUGCGACAACUUGCCCUGGACCGAGACGCUGGGCUUGACGGUGACUCCGGCUCAUGUUCGGGUCAGUCUUUGCCGGAAGCAUUAG